UUGUUCAUUGAUUACUGCAGGAGUAAACUCUACUUAUUCGACGAAUUCCUUGCGACGUCAACCGAGAAACUUAAACUCGUUGAGAAAAACGUCAUCGUGACUUUCAUUGAAGCGGAAAUCGCACAGCUGAAGGAACUCCUGCGGCUUUUGCCUUACUGCAGAGGUGAAAUAUUUUCUGAAGAGCACUGGCUGGAGUUCUUUCGUCUCCUUGGUCUGCCGACAGAUCGACCGCUAGACAAAAUUUUGUUCGCUGACCUGUUGGCAGUCAGAAACGAAAUAGCCCAGAAAUCAAGCCAAAUCAAGGAGUUAAAUAGCAAAGCUCAGGGCGAAGUGACGAUUCGCGAUGCAUUUAAGGAGCUGGAUAACUGGGCAGCGAUGGCUACUUUUGAGUUAACAGAAUAUCAUAGUGCCGACAUAGAAAAAGUUCGUCUAGUGAAGGACUGGAAAACUUCCUUAAACCAGAUUGGCGAAAACAUUGCACUAGUACAAACCCUGAAAGAUUCGACGUUUUACACUACUUUCACGGAGAGGGUGUCGUUUUGGGAAGAGCGACUAAUGCAGCUCAGAGAAACGGUGCAGAUGCUGGUCGAGAUACAACGGCGAUGGGUUUACCUGGCUCCUAUUUUCGAACACGGAGCACUUCCCCAAGAACAAGCCAGGUUUCAGAAAGUGGACAAGGAUUUCAGGCAAAGACUAAACCAGCCCGGUCUCUCUAGAAGACUCUCAACACAGCUCGAUCAUCUUCUGCGAUGCCAGAAAGCGCUGAACGCAUUCUUAGAGGAAAAACGAUAUAAGUUUCCACGUUUCUACUUUGUCGGCGAUGAUGAUCUUCUUGAAAUCCUUGGCCAGUCGACACGUCAAGCCACCGUGCAGGUGCACAUGAAAAAGCUCUUUGCUGGUGUGCAUUCGGUUCAGUUCGAUGACCGACAGCAAAAGAUUACCGCGAUCGUGUCGGCGGAGGGCGAGGUUGUUCAACUAGCGAAAGCCGUCCAGCUGGAUUCAGCAGCAGAGAUCUGGUUGGCUGACUUAGAAAAUUCCAUACAGUUUACGUUGAAAGAGUUGACAAAAAAGUACAUCGAAUUGAAAACCACCAAUCCAAGCGCUCUAGAUCCGGGGAAGUUCCCAUCACAGAUACUUUGUCUCUGUGAGCAGAUAAACUUCUGCCAAGUAUGCGAGAAAGAGAUUAGUUCGAAAAACCUGCCAAAUCUUCUGGCUGAUCUGAAAAAGCAGCUGAAGUCGUACACUUCGAUGAUGCCUCCAUCGUCCGUUCUGCAACUAAAGCUGAAGGCCUUGAUCCUUGAUCUGAUCCAUAACAUUGAUGUUAGUGAACAGCUUAUUAAGGCAAAUACGACGAGCGUAGAGUCUUGGCACUGGCAGAAACAACUCAGAUUUUACAUAUCGUCCAACGGUACUGUCACCGUCAAAAUGGCCAACGCUCAGUUUGAGUAUUCAUACGAGUACCAAGGGAACGUGUCAAAGUUGGUCCAUUCGCCGCUGACGGAUAAAUGUUUCCUUACUUUGACGCAAGCCAUAUCCAUGGGCCUCGGCGGAAAUCCAUUCGGCCCUGCUGGGACGGGCAAAACCGAAAGUGUGAAGGCUCUGGCUUAUUUGCUUGGACGACCGGUUCUAGUAUUCAACUGUGACGAAGCGAUAGACGUGAAGUCGUUGGCCAGAAUUUUCGUCGGCCUUGUAAAGUGUGGAGCGAUGGGCUGCUUCGAUGAAUUCAACAGACUCGAUAAAGACGUUCUUUCGGCCGUCUCUUCCCAGAUCCAGAUCAUUCAACAUGCGUUGAGGCACCAACUGAAGGACGUGCAAUUAUUGAACACAAAAGUUGAAAUCGACCAUAAAGCGGCCAUAUGUAUAACCCUUAAUCCAGCCGGACAUGGCUAUGGAGGUCGUCAGGAGCUUCCAGACAAUCUGAAGCAACUGUUUCGACCGAUUGCGAUGACGGAGCCAGAUUCAUACCAAAUUGCGGAAACCCUGCUGCUGGCCGACGGUUUCAAAAAGGCCAGUGAAAUCGCAAGGAAGCUUGUUACGCUGUUUUCUAUCUGCCGGGAAAUCCUCAGCAGUCAGCAGCACUAUGAUUGGGGACUCAGAGCUCUGAAAACUGUGCUACAAUCCUGCGGAGAUUUACUGAGACUGCAAAGGACGAACAAUAGGGCUGCGGAGAAAGACGUCAACGAACAUUGGACUUGCGUUCGGAGCGUCCGUCUGAACACACUUCCAAAACUGACUUUCGCCGACAGCAUCAGUUUCGACCAGAUUUUAAGGGACGUGUUCCCGGGCAUAAAAUUUGAGCCGAUCGUGUUCGACAAUUUGAAAGAGGCAGUGCAGAGUUGCAGUCUUGAAAUCGGCAUUGAAAUAUCAGACAAGCAGGAAGAAAAGCUGUACCAACUCUAUGAACUUCUCCACCAGCGGAUUGGAAUCGUGAUCGUGGGACCAAGUGGUUCGGGCAAAACAACCUUAUGGAAACUGCUUCGUUCAGCUUUGAAUAAACAAGGUCAGAAGGUGAAGGUGUACAUCCUGAGUCCGAAAUCAAUGUCGAAGCAUCGGCUUUUUGGAUACAUCAAUCCAGAUACUAGAGAGUGGACCGACGGCAUUCUUACUCGUUAUGCUAAACUGGCCACACGGGAAGAUUUAGAUCCCGAAUGGGUGGAAUCAUUAAACUCCGUUCUCGAUGACAAUCAUCUGCUCACGACAUUGAUGCAAAUGAACUUCCAGCUGCCAUCAGGAGAACGAAUUCAGUUUGGCUCCAAUGUGAACUUCUUGUUCGAAUGCGACAGUUUGAUUCAUGCAUCUCCAGCAACCAUAUCACGGAUGGGCAUGAUUUUUUUAAGGCUCGUGAAUAUUUGCUCUGAUCAGUUUACUUGAAC